GAAUCUACUGUUAGUCUGAGUUAUCGCCGUAGUCCCAAACCAUUGUUUAUCUUAUUCUUAAUCCGCAAAAUUGCUAGACUAGACUACCAACAAAAUAUGAAAGCAAAAACAUGCAUACUAAUAAUUACUAGUGACAUUAUCGGCCAUCUCGACGUUAUUCUUAGUAAAAAAGCCCAAAGUUUAUCGUUUUUUGUUUUUAUGAAUCAAGUUUUCAUGUACUUCGCCAUUUCAAGGUUGUUUUUAUAGUGCACUGAAUAAAAAGUUUCGCAAAUGUCAAUGCAAGAAUUCUCGGACAAUUUGUCCACCUUGUCGUACAUGUCGCGGCAUCGUAUUCCAUCGUGGAUAUAUGAUUCCAAGAGUAAGACACUCUUUGGCCGUACUGGAAAGAGCUGGGUUCUGUGUCUUUUGUUCUACGCUGUCUAUUAUGCCUGCCUGGCAACAUUUUUCACUGGUUUGCUGUGGCUUGUUUUGUAUUUCAACGUUCCGGAAGAUCACCCCGCUCGCACCGGAAAGCAAAGUUUGCUGGACUUCAAACCAGGUUUGGGUCUCCGCCCAACUGUAGAAGUCCAGAAGUCAAUGAUCAAAUUUUCUACUGGUGAUCCUCAGACCUAUUUACCUCAUGUGGAUAAUAUAGAUGCUUUUUUGCAAACGUAUAGAGACGUAAAUGCAAAACCUGAUAGUCAAUUUGCAAGUUGUAAAGGCAAAGAUGGUGAUACAAAAGAUGUUGACAAAGUUUGCAAAUUUUCUCUCGAAAACUUAGGACCCUGCAACACUAAAAAUAACUAUGGUUACAGUAAAGGGACACCAUGUGUUUUGCUUAAAUUAAAUAAAAUAUAUGGUUGGUUGCCUUCUCCUGAAGAUUCAUCUGUUUCUAACGAUAUCCUAGUCAACUGUUCUGGACAAAAUCCUGCUGAUGACGAAAAUAUUGGUCCUGUGGCAUACUAUCCGAAUAAAACUGUUAAAGGCAUAAAUUACGGUGUCUUCAGUAAUGCGUAUUACCCUUUUGUAGGACAAGCGGGUUAUCUUGCCCCAGUAGUCGCUGCGGAAUUUAAAAAUCCUAAAAGGCAUGUCGCCAUUUUAGUUAGGUGUAUGCUACACAAUGUGAAGAAUGCGAAUAAAGAUGAUUUGAACUUUGAAAUAAUGGUCGAUUAAAAAGGUGGAAGACUUUUCUGUGCUACGUAAAUACAUAACAGGUAUAUUUGUGUAUAAACAUGCUCGCAUGCACACGCAUACAUAACCCCAUAAAGCUACAUUUAUAUGAAUUACAAACUUUAUGCAUUAAUUAUUGAUUUUCUUAUCCUCACAGCCUCUCGUCAUGUUAGAUUUCAUCAGUUAAUGCAAUUCCAUUCUUAAUUUCUUUUUUACUUAAAAUUGUUUUUAUAGUCAGUUCCAUGACACACAAUUUGGCUAAUUGUUUAUCACUCUCUGUUCCCUUUUAGUCCUGACAUCUCUGGUUUUUCUCCUUUCCAUAUCCAUUACGAAAUUUUGGUAGUAUUUGUUUGUUUUCUUGGUAUUUUACUUAUUCUAAUGCUAUUUUGACUUACUUUUAGUCUUCUAAUCUUUGCAUUUCAUGGUGAAGAAGGUUUGAAAAGGACAAUAUAUAUUGUUGAACUACUAUUAUGUUAGUGAGUAGUCAGUUGAAUUUGCGCUGAAAAAUAAAGUGCUCAAAAGAAAUUCCCCUGAUAACAGAUAACCAAUGAAGAUUAAAAAACUCACUUCUCUUGUAGUUCGUAGUAAAAACUGACUCUCUAGUCAAUCGCCUGUGAUGUGGUCCUAUGAUGACAUAUGCACGUAUCACAAUGAGUGUGUGUAUGUGUGGCGUGAGGAUGUGCCUGUGUAGAGUAGUUGUUUUAAUCCUUUUUCAACACACACACACAUGCACAUACAUACAAAGUAAAUUAGAAGUUAAUGAUCAGAUUUCUGUUUAUCGAAAACAAAAACGCAUAAAUAGUUUCUCGUUUUUUGAUUUUCUUAAACACUUUUAUUUCUUAGAUAAUGAUAAAUAGAUGAAUAAUUAUUAGUGAAAUAUUUUGCCCUUAAAAGACUAACUUGUUAUAACGUUUAUAAUUCUACUGUAUUGUUUUUAUUGAUGUUGUUUGUAUUAUUACACAUGCGUGUUUUGUGCUUAUUACAUACCAAUAUGAUAUACAGUAUAUAUACACGUAAAUUUAGAUAGAAAA